CAGCUCUUACUCACAAGUCACAACCAGCUGCUUAGAUUGAUGAUCCAACGGCUCCAAGACGCCUAAACACGUCACCGUUUCUAAACCCACUGGCCCGUGAUUGAUUUGGUUUGGGGUCGGUAACACCCACGCAUCAGACAACACUCCUCUCUUUUCUGCUCUUCAUUUUGGCAAUUCAGCGGCUGGCGAAAAUGAUGCCGCCGGAGCUCCAACCGCGGUCGUUCCGCCCCUACAUCUCGUCUUCCAUCAGCGCUCCCUCUUUCUCCUCCUCCUUCAGCAAUGGCUCUCCCGAAUCUAACCCUAACCCUAGCUCUAGCACCGUUUUCAGGUCCCCCUCAUCCUCCAGAUCCCUCCAGAAUUCUCGCUUCUCGCCCUCCACCUUCGUCUACAACGCUCGGAUUGCCAUGGCGCUGGUGCCCUGCGCCGCCAUCCUCCUGGACCUGGGCGGGACCCCAACGGUGCUCGCGACCCUAACGCUGGGCCUCAUGGUCUCCUACAUCCUCGACUCCCUUGGCUUCAAGCCCGGGGCCUUCUUCGCCGUAUGGCUCUCCCUCAUCUUCUCUCAGAUCGCUUUCUUCUUCUCCAGCUCCCUCCGCUUCUCCGCCACCGCCGUACCCCUCGCCCUCCUCUGUGCCGAGACCAACUUCCUCAUCGGUGUCUGGGCUUCCCUCCAGUUCAAGUGGAUCCAAAUCGAGAACCCUUCCAUCGUACUCGCCCUCGAGCGCCUUCUCUUCGCGUGCGUCCCACUCGCCGCCUCGUCCCUCUUCACCUGGGCCACCAUCUCCGCCGUUGGCAUGCGCAACGCCGCCUACUAUCUCCUCGCAUUCAACUGCGUCUUCUACUGGCUCUUUUCCAUUCCUCGAGUCUCCUCCUUCAAGGGCAAGCACGAGGCCAAGUACCAUGGCGGGGAGGUCCCCGACGACAACCUCAUCCUCGGUCCGCUCGAGAGCUGCGUGCACACUCUGAAUCUGCUCUUCGUCCCUCUGCUCCUUCACCUGGCCUCUCAUCACUCCCUCAUCUUCUCCUCCGCCGCCUCCGUCGCCGAUUUGUUCCUUCUCUUCUUCAUUCCCUUCCUAUUCCAACUCUACGCCUCGACGAGAGGCGCGCUUUGGUGGGUCACGAAGAAUCCCCACCAGCUGCAUAGUAUCCGUGUUGUGAAUGGCGCUGUAGCUUUGGUUGUUGUGGUUCUCUGUUUGGAGAUUAGGGUCGUUUUCCAUUCGUUCGGGCGUUACAUUCAGGUGCCACCGCCUUUGAAUUACCUUCUUGUGACCAUUUCGAUGCUUGGCAGUGCGGCCGGAGCUGCUGCCUAUGCUGUGGGGAUGGUGUCCGAUGCCUUCAGCUCGAUGGCUUUCACCGCCUUGGGUGUGAUUGUUGGUGCUGCCGGUGCAAUUGUUGUGGGAUUUCCAAUCUUGUUCCUUCCACUGCCUUCAAUUGCUGGCUUUUAUUUGGCUCGAUUUUUUACAAAGAAGAGCCUGCCAUCUUAUUUCAGCUUUGUUGUGCUUGGGAGUUUGAUGGUUACAUGGUUUGUAAUGCAUAAUUUCUGGGACCUUAAUAUUUGGUUGGCAGGCAUGUCCCUGAAGUCCUUCUGUAAAUUCAUAAUUGCAAAUUUUGUCCUGGCCAUGGCUGUUCCUGGUCUAGCUAUUCUACCUUCAAAACUUCAUUUCUUGACUGAGGUUGGUUUAAUCAGCCAUGCGCUGCUGCUAUGUCACAUUGAGAAUCGUUUUUUCAAUUACUCCAGCAUUUACUAUUAUGGGUUUGAGGAUGAGGUGAUGUAUCCAAGCUACAUGGUUAUUGUAACAACUUUAUUGGGUUUGGCUCUGGUGAGAAGACUGUCUGUUGAUCAUCGAAUUGGGCAAAAGGCAGUUUGGAUUUUGACUUGCCUCUAUUCUUCUAAGCUGGCAAUGCUGUUGAUUACAUCAAAAUCUGUUGUAUGGAUGUCAGCUGUUCUGUUAUUGGCCGUGUCUCCCCCAUUGCUUCUUUACAAGGAUAAAUCGCGAACAGGCUCAAAGAUGAAAACUUGGCAAGGCUAUGUACAUGCUGGUGUGGUUGCUUUAUCUGUCUGGUUUUGCCGGGAAACAAUUUUUGAAGCCCUCCAAUGGUGGAAUGGGAGACCUCCAUCUGAUGGUUUACUUCUGGGAUUUUGCAUUCUCUCUGCCGGGUUGGCUUGUGUGCCCAUAGUUGCUCUCCACUUCUCUCAUGAACUGUCUGCUAAGAGAUGCCUAGCUCUGGUGGUGGCAGCAGGUCUUCUGUUUAUCAUAAUGCAGCCACCAAUCCCAUUAUCAUUGACUUACCGGUCUGACCUGAUCAGAGCUGCCCGCCAACCUGCUGAUGACGAUUCCAUCUAUGGCAUAAUGACCACAAAGCCUACAUGGCCAGCUUGGCUGCUUAUUUUGGCAAUUCUGCUUACUCUAGCAGCUGUUACGUCCAUCAUACCAAUUAAAUACAUGGUUGAGUUGAGAGCGUUUUAUUCGAUUGCCAUUGGGAUCGCUCUGGGUAUCUACAUAUCGGCUGAAUUCUUUCUUCUGGCACCUGUCCUGCAUGCCCUCAUUGUUGUGACUAUGGUCUGUGCUUCUGUGUUUGUGGUCUUCACCCAUUUCCCAUCUGCCUCUAGCACAAAGGUCCUACCUUGGGUAUUUGCUCUUCUCGUGGCUCUCUUUCCUGUGACAUAUCUUUUGGAGGGCCAAGUGAGAAUCAAAAACAUCCUGGCAGAUAGUGGAUUUGGAGACAUGGGGGAGGAAGAGAAGAAGCUCACCACUCUACUGGCUGUUGAGGGGGCGAGGACAUCUCUUCUUGGUCUAUAUGCAGCUAUCUUUAUGCUCAUAGCGUUAGAGAUAAAGUUCGAACUUUCCUCACUUAUGCGGGAAAAGGCUGUUGAAAGGGGUGGAAUUAGACAGAAUCAAUCUGUUCAAAGCAGCUCUGGCAGUAUUCCUCCACGAAUGCGAUUCAUGCAACAGCGUCGGGCCUCUAAUGUGCCAGCCUUUACAAUCAAGAGGAUGGCUGCUGAGGGAGCCUGGAUGCCGGCUGUUGGUAAUGUAGCUACUGUGAUGUGCUUUGCUAUAUGCCUUAUCUUGAACAUAAACCUCACAGGUGGAUCAAAUCGUGCAAUAUUCUUCCUUGCGCCUAUUUUGCUGCUUCUCAACCAGGACUCUGAUUUUGUUGCUGGAUUUGGGGACAAGCAGAGGUAUUUCCCUGUUACGGUUGUCAUAUCAGUUUACUUGAUCUUGACUGCUUUGUACAGCAUAUGGGAAGAUGUCUGGCAUGGGAAUGCAGGGUGGGGCCUCCAAAUUGGUGGGCCAGAUUGGAUCUUUGCUGUAAAGAAUUUGGCCCUCCUCAUUCUUACGUUACCCAGUCAUAUCCUUUUCAACAGGUUUGUGUGGAGUUACUUGAAGCAGUCUGAUUGGACGCCAUUGCUCAUAUUGCCCCUUAAUCUGCCAUCCAUUAUAAUUACGGAUGUGCUUAAGAUUAGGAUUUUGGGGCUUCUAGGAAUUAUUUAUUCCCUUGCCCAGACGCUAAUCUCCAGACAACAAUAUAUCUCUGGAUUGAAGUAUAUUUAGAGAAAUACAUACACUGUACAAUAUGCUUUGGCAAUUUUCAAGUGAGGUAUCAAAUUUCAGGUUUGUCUUGCACUUCUUUACUGGUACUUACAUUAAUCGGGAUUUUGUCUCCAGAAUGCAAGAACUAUGAUCAUUUGAGUUA